AUGUUUAUAUGGGACCAAGAUCAAGAACCUAAGAUUGAUUCAUUAUGUCCGUUGCGUGCGUAUUUUCAUCAUAGUAUCAUGGCUUGUAUUCAUCAUUCAUUUAUUUUAUUAGCUAUUGAGAGAUUUUGUAAAAUUCGACAAGUUAGAUUUCUGAAGACUCAACGUCAAAAGAUUUGCCUUGUUCUUUUCCAAUGGAUAUUUGAUUUUACUUUCGCUUUACCAGUUUUACUAACAGGUAAUAUGGUCAAAGUUGAAUCAGAUAAUUUUUGCUUCGUAACAUUAACAAGAGUUGAUUUAGUCUUAUAUCUAGGUAUAGUAGCAUUUCUUUUAACCAAUAUUACUUUAAGUAUAAUCUAUCGAUCAUUAGUACGUCAUGUACGUCAAGCUUCGGCAAGACUCAAUAAUAAUCAACAAGUACGAAUGCAACGAGACUUGACGAUGGUUCGUCGUAUUGUUUUACUAAAUUCUCAAUUGGCUCUGGUCGGAAUACCAGUACUUGUUCUUAUUAUUCUCAGUAUAAUUCGUAGCGAUAUUUUACCUAACAGAACUAUGCGUACUCUGAUUUUGAUGGCAAGUUUACCUUACAUACCUAUGCUGGUUAUUUUGCUAUUUCUAACACCAGAUCUGCGACAAAGUCUGAUUGAAUGCCGAAAUAAAUUGAUAUGUUGUCGAUUAACAAGAAUUGCUCUUGUACAAACAAUAUCAUCUAACACUCGUGGUUAA